AUGGAUGCCACCCUUGCAGUGCCGCGUGCUUGGCAGCUGGACAUCCAGAAGCGGUUGAGCGAUUUCCAUGUAGCCCAGAACAAGGACUUCCUGUGUGCCGAGCCGCCGCUGUGGCUCCAGUUUUUUGUUGUGUUUGAGCUCGUUUUCCAGCUGCCCUUGUUCGUGGCUGCCGGAGCUGACUACUGGAAAAACAAGUGCUACUCGCCCAAACUGCACCCGUACAUGUUGUUGUACGGCUUCAACGCGUCGUUCACCACGCUGUGCUGUCUAGUGUACGUCUACUUCGAGAGUGCGGCGCACGGUCUCACCACCGCAGAGACGCUCAACCUCCUGGGAGUCUACUUCCCCACGUUUGUGAUCCCUGCGAUGAUGACCGUCGACUUUGCGUCGCGCAUCAAUGCCAACAUAUCUGGAAAACAGCACACAGAUUAG